AUGUCAACUGCCCUAGCAGACUCUAGGGAGUACGUUAGCCAGUCUGGCCAAAGUUAUAGGAUUGAACAGGUGCUUCAGGAAGAGACAUCUCCCUCACAGAAGAUUUGUCUUGCUUUGGACGAUGGUGUGGAUCCCUUGGCUAUUGUAAUUGAGCGCCAAAUUUCGUACUUUGCAGAUGAAGAUGCACUGAAUGGGUUUUUGAGAUACCUUGGUGAUAAUCCCUGGGUUUGGGAUUUUGAAGUAAUUCAGGAUGGUUUCAACAAAGACAACCUGCACAGAUCAUUUUUCCUUUGGAAGAGUGUUGAUGAUGAUUUUAAAAGUGCAAUGAAAAAUUUUGAUCUGGAAAAGAGAAUCACUGCUCGCGAGGCGUUGGCACACAAGUGGUUUGAGGGUGUUUAA